GACUAGUUUUCUUUGAUCUUCCCCUUCAUUUACAAUGCAUAAAAAUGAUGUGCUGUUCAGUGAACAAAAUGAUGGUGUCUUUUUCAGUGAACAAGAUCCCUCGUCUUUUUCAAUUGAUCAUCUUGGACUGGAGCUCUCUUUACUUUUGACUCUCCGUUAACGAGGAAGCUCAUGGAGAAGUUACCCUUACUGCCCAAGUCACCGAGGCCAAACAUGUAUAAUACAGCUGCAAAGUUAUGGAGGAUUGAGUUAUAGCCUAUGUUUGAUAUCCAUAUGUCUACUAGCAAUUCUAGGCCAUUGGGACUCACCGGAAACUGAGCAUGGAGAUGACUCCAAAUUCCGAGCUCCCAGAGGGGCGCUUCAUGUUUGAUGGCCGGCGGGAGGAUUAUCAGCCAGCUGCUAUUGAUUCCGGGUUCACCAGGAAUCCUGUUAAUCAAGUAAAUACAGUUAAUGAGACUGGUGGGAUUAGCAGCUUCCAUGAAGGACCAAAUAACAGAAUUAUUAUGGAUGUUCUGUAAGUGGGUGUCCUGUGAAGAAGAGGGUUGAAAGAGAUAGAGAGGAUCCAUCUUAUGUGAUUACAACUUAUGAAGGGGUCCAUGACCACCAGUCUCCUGAGUGUUUAAUGUUUCCUCAGGUUUGAAUUCUUUCACUAGUUAGUCUAAUCUUUACAUAGGAACUCCUGCAAAAUUUUUUGCAGCAAAAAAAACAACAUCAGCAUCGUUUUCGUUGACAUCAUACAGAGUUUUGAAAAAUAAUAAUGUUUUUAUUUU